CCUGGGUGUAGCCGCCCCAUGGCCCCCGAGAUGGACCAGUUCUACAGGUCCACCAUGGCCAUCUACAAGAGCAUCCUGGAGCAGUUUAACCCGGCCCUGGAGAACCUGGUGUACCUGGGAAACAACUACCUGCGGGCCUUCCAUGCCCUGUCGGAGGCGGCCGAGGUGUACUUCAGCGCCAUCCAGAAGAUCGGGGAACAGGCCCUGCAGAGCUCCACCUCCCAGAUUCUGGGUGAGAUCUUAGUGCAGAUGUCAGACACCCAGCGACACCUGAACUCUGACCUGGAGGUGGUGGUGCAGACGCUCCAUGGAGACCUGCUGCAGCACAUGGAGAAGAACACCAAGCUGGACAUGCAGUUCAUCCAAGACAGCCGCCAGCACUAUGAGAUCGAGUACCGCCACCGAGCUGCCAACCUGGAGAAGUGCAUGUCCGAGCUGUGGCGCAUGGAGCGCAAGAGGGACAAGAAUGUGCGGGAGAUGAAGGAGAGCGUGAACCGGCUGCACGCGCAGAUGCAGACCUUCAUGUCCGAGAGUCAGCGGGCGGCUGAGCUGGAAGAGAAGCGGCGCUACCGGUUCCUGGCCGAGAAGCACCUGCUGCUCUCCAGCACCUUCCUGCAGUUUUUCGGUCGGGCCCGGGGGACGCUCCAGAACCGCGUGCUGCUGUGGAAGGAGCAGUCGGAGGCCAGCCGCAACCCGUCGCGUGCCCACUCCCCAGGCCUGCUGGGCCCGCUGCUGGGGCCGCCCUACCCCUCGGGCCGCCUGACGCCCACCCGCCUGGACAUGGUGAGGCCUUGGGCGCCCCCGCCGCUAUUCGCGCCACCAUUAGUGCCCCCGCCGCUAUUCGCGCCACCAUUAAUGCCCCCGCCGCUAUACGUGCCACCGGGCGGAGGGCGGCUGCAGCAGGAGGGAACGAGGGCAGACGCGAGGGAGAACUUCCCACCCACAUGCCGCGUCCCCGCUUCCGCAGCCUCGCUCUACACCAGCAGCGCCCAGCGCUCGCGCUCCAACUCCUUCGGCGAGCGCCCCGGCGUUGCGGGAGGCGGGGGCGGCGGUAGCGGGGGCGCCCGGAGAGUCCGCGCCCUCGUCUCCCACUCGGAGGGCGCCAACCACACGCUGCUGCGCUUCUCUGCCGGAGACGUCGUGGAGGUGCUAGUACCCGAGGCCCAGAACGGCUGGCUCUAUGGCAAGCUGGAGGGGUCAUCCACGAGCGGCUGGUUUCCCGAGGCCUAUGUGAAGCCAUUGGAGGAGGUGCCUAUGAACCCCAUGAACUCCUUGAACCCCGUGACCUCUGUGAACCCCAUGAACGCCUUGAACCCUGUGACCUCCAUGAACCCCAUGAGCCCUAUGAAUGAGCUACCAUCCAGGUCCUACCCGCUCCGGGGCAGCCACAGCCUAGAUGACCUCCUGGACCGGCCAGGCAACUCCACAGCGUCCUUAGAGUACUGGGACGGCCAGUCCCGCUCCCGAACUCCAAGCCGGGUCCCGAGCCGUGCCCCCAGCCCUGCACCUACACCCUUGCCUGGCAGCCGCCGAAGUAGCAUGGGCAGCAUGGGGGUGGCCAGUGACGUCAAGAAACUCAUGUCCUGGGAGCAGAACCCCCCUGAGCUCUUCCCUCGGGGCACAAAUCCCUUUGCCACCGUAAAGCUGCGUCCCACUGUCACCAAUGACCGCUCAGCGCCCCUCAUCCGCUGAGGCACCUUCCUCCACCAGG